AAUACUUUCAUCAUAAUUUCAAAAUGAUAAAACCUCUCAAGAACCCUGAAAAAUUAAUAGCGAUGAAGUCUCAACUCUUCCCUCUAAUGAGAAGGUCAAGAGGAAUCGCCAACCCUGCUAACUACAAACUCGCAAGGAUCACAGUUAAGAAUAGGUAUAAAUAUGAUUAUGCCGUUGAAGACGGAUUCUUUGAAAAAGAGAUGACUUAUCUUGAAGCAAAGAAAAUGCCAAUUCCACUCCCAGAUUCCUACAGACACAAGAGAUUGCCUAUGGAUGUCUUGUACCCAGUACAUUGGAAUGAUGUCAGAUUUAAUCAUCAUCCAGGUUUCUUCGGUAGAAGAUGCUUCAUUCAUGAUACCUACUUCCCAAAGUACGAUGUUGAUCAUGAUGUUCCUCAUUCUUUGGGACACAGAGAUGAAGAUAUGGACUAUGAAUGCCCAGAUCCAAUAGACCAAAUGCAUUUCAAGAGAAAGAGGUCACAGUUUGUUCAUAUUUUGUUGUUCGUGAUUUGGGCUAGUGCCUUCUUCGGAUACGCUACGGCCGGACUUAAAAUCCCUCAGAAGGACAACCCCUUCUAUUACAGAAAGAAAUUCGCUAGUUCAAGAACAAUGCAUCAAAUGCAGGAAGUUGCAGCUGCAGAAUAUGCUACCACAUAUGAUAGAAACCUGGUUGGCUUCAAGAGAAUGUCUGUCACUGAUAAAGGUCUUGAAUUGCAGAAUCAAGGCUUCAGGUACUACUUGCCUUCAACGAGCGACCUAUAUCGCUAA